AUGGAUGACGUCACCGUGGACGCGACAACCAGGGAACAUGAAAACAUGAAAUAUGGAUUAGUAAUUAUGACACCGUACGACGAUGGAAACGAAGUGGGGCACGGGGAUCCAGAACGACGAAACCGAUGGAAGAAGACGGCGGCCCAUACGCAAAAAAAGGCAAGAUUUGCCUUCGAAGGGAAGACGGAGGCACCACCACAACAAGCUAUCAAUGAGUUCGUGGAGGAGGCGAGGAGGGAAUCGGGUGGAAAUCCAGCGACAUCGAAAACGGUAAAAACACCACCAACACCACCGACCGGUGCUAACAUUGCCCAGAUAAACAUAUGCCAGGGUAUAAAACCCAAAAAUGUGACUGUACGAAAGUUUGGUGGCCGCGUGUAUGUGGACAUCAGAGAAUUCUAUCUGCUUGGAGGCCAAACACUGCCGACCAAAAAAGGCAUCACCUUGACGGAGAUGGACUUCAAAAAAAUCCAGAUGUCGUUGAAGAAGAUCAACGCUGCUAUAUACAAGGGCAAAAACAUGUAGGAGAGACGGAGACCGGAGCAGAUUGGGCUGGAGACUGUAGCGGGUUGGAAGAGAGAAAACGGGACAGAGGGAACAGAUCAGGACUGGUCGGAGAGGAACAGAACGGACGGGUCUGAAGAGCAGAGAAAAAUUGAACUAUAACGAACACCAUUUAAAUAAGAAGAACCAGAUCACAACAAAUUUGAAUGCGGUAUUUUGAAAAUAAUUUUUUUUACCUGAUCUUGUACAUAUUAUGUACGAUUCGUCAAUGUACCUUGUAUGAGUACCCUACAUAAAAAAGUUAACCUGUUGGAGACUAAGCCCCCAUUGCGUGUUUGGAGUAUAUGGACACAUGUUCCAUAGCAAAAUUACCCAAUCUCCAACGGGUUAUGCGUGUAUGAAUGAGCGUAUGUGUUGACAACGGGUAAAGUAUGCGUUGAUGUAUGUAGGAGAGAUAGAAGUU